UCCGCCGUCCGCGCGAUGGAUAAUAGACCCGACGACCGUAGUGAUGCGGCUGUUCGCGCUCUUUUUGGGGACGGCGCUUGCUUUUGUGCCCCAAGACACUCCUGUCGGUGUCGCCAGCCACAGCUACCAACCGACAGCGGCGGUUCACGGCACCUCUUCUAAUCUAAGGCGGCCAUCUCCACUAUCUGAACAAGGUGAUGUGUGUGUCGCCAUUACCGGGGGUGCGGGUCAAAUAGCUUACGCCCUCGUGCCACUCCUCAUGCACGGCCGCGUGUUCGGGGAAGGUCGCAAAGUCAGCCUACGGCUUCUAGACAUCGAGGCGUGCGUCGGGGCCCUGGAAGGUUUCGCCAUGGAAAUUCAAGACUGCAAUUCCGACCUGGUGAAAGAAGUUGUCGCUACAAGCGAUCCGGAGGUGGCGUUCAUGGGGGCCGACGUGGCUGUCCUCCUCGGAGGGUUUCCGCGGCUGCCGGGUAUGGAGCGUCGGGAUCUUAUAGCCAAGAAUGUGCCGAUCAUGGCCGAGCACGGCAGAGCCCUCGCGAAGUGUGCGAAGGACGGGGUCAGGGUGCUUGUUGUGGCGAACCCGGCCUGCACAAACUGUCUCAUUGCCGCCACCAGCGCGCCAUCCAUUCCGCGCAGUCACUUCAGUAGCCUCGCCCGCUUGGACCAGGAUCGCUUGUCGGCGAUGUUGGCGGAAAAACUCUGUUCAGAAGAAACUCUGGAACAGACUUCAGCGGGAGCACGUACGCAAGAGCCGGAGAGGCAGCACGCCGUUCGCACGAGGCAAGACAGAAAUAUCCUCCAACUGGGGCCAAGCGUUCGCGGGGUGUAUGUAUGGGGCAAUCACAGCCCAACCAUGUGGCCCGACGUGUCUGGAGCGGAGGCGAAAAUUGACGGUCGGUGGGUACCGUUGCAGACUGCUCUGCAACGACACGGUGGACUUCCAAAUGGGACGAGACUGUUGUCUCCUGCUCGUGAAGAUGGUACGGCAUUAGACUUGGAUUCGGCCUGGCGCGAUUGGAUAUCUGAAACGCUUGUCCCGGCAGUGCGCGAAAGGGGUACGAAAGUGAUCGAGGCCAGAGGGAAAUCAAGCGCCCUCUCCGCCGCAAACGCCAUCGCGAACCACCUCAAGGAUUGGUUGCAUUCUUCGACGAGUGGGACGCAUGCCGGUGUAUCGAUGGGCGUGUUUUCAGACGGAAACCCGUAUGGUGUCCCGGACGACGUUGUCUUCUCGUUUCCUGUCGAGUGCGGAGAAGGUCGACAUCGGAUCUUGCACGGGUUUCGCCCCGACAUGGCAAUGCUCGAUGAAUCUGCGAAGGAGCUUGUUGAAGAGCGGCGAGAAGCACUUGAAACGUUGCGAGAAUCGGAAAGACAAGCUUUGUCGUAGUUCGCUGGAGUUGCGGUUGUUCUGUGUUUCUCGCCACGUACACCCUGUCACGGCAGCUACACAGGGAUCGGAUACGUGCACAUUGAGCAGCUUCAAGGAUAGACAGGCCUUGACCGCAAUAAAAACAGGACGACGACCGGAAAUAGCUUAGGAACACCCAACAAAUGCGUGUGCUCGCGUUGUUGGUAUUGCUACUGAAACAAGUAUCAUUUGCCACGUUCAAAAGUGACGAACUGAGCUACUCACGCAAAUGUACUGCGCGCAUAGACUAUAGCAGUGCCUACGCGUUUGAGUCUUGCCGAAGUGCCCUUGUUGCUUCGCCUUCCCUUUCCGUCGGGCGAUGGCCAUGACCUUCCAUGCUCGCAUCUUGAUUGCGCUCAUUCAAUUUCACCGUGUGGCGAUUUUGACUUUUCUUCUCAGGCUAUGACGUUUUUUUCUCGGGAUUCGAGAAGAAGGCGGUGCUCAUGAUGUCGUGUGUAUCGUCAUUUUUCAAGAUUCGACGGCUUGCUAAAGACCUCGCCAACAAACGGCGCAAAAGACGUACGCGUGGAACGAGCACCUGUCAAACAAGAUUGCACUAUGGCGACAACACUGUCAACCCGGCCUCUUGUUGCUCAGCACUGGCCAGAGAGUACUGUCUGGCUUCCUGUCUCAUGUCGGUAGUUCGCGUUCAGUGAAUCUCUCUCAGUAUUUCGGCGCCCCGGCACGUACAAGCACUACACACCUCCGAUGCACUGUACGUAUAUUCUUUUUCUGUUGUUGACCUUAGCCUCGAAAUGGAGUAGAGAAUGACACCGAUCGGUCUAGCGGAAUACUAGCAUAAUAUAACAAAAGGUCGCGGGCAGGUCGCGCGUUUGGAGGGGAAGAUGGCGGCAGAUUAGUUCCGAACAAACCAGCACUACUGAGGAGAAUCACGUACUACCAACAUUCCCCCUGGUUCUGGACAACAGUGACUGCAGCAGAAAACGCAACAAAUGAAACACACUUUCAAGUCGUCGGACCCUACUUGUGGAAUGGUUUGUCUGAAAUUACCGAUCACUGCGACAUUGCCACUCAAUAAAUAGCUGAAAAUCAUCCUGAAACGGAGGUUGAUCAGUCCACGAUCACAAAAUAAUAAUACAGCCGCUGCUCCUGCUCUGACCAGAGGGUAAUCAAUCCUGAGUCAAAACCUUAACAACUUGGAACCGCCAUCUCGCAACAAAUAGCAACCUCAAGACAAUGUGUAACAAUAUUCGGAAAUCAGCAUUUAUUUCGUCGAUGUUGUGGAUUUUUGAUCUGCAACACGGUGGAGGUACCAAUCAAUGUUGCACGUCGCUGAGACUUCACACGUCUCUGGUACUAGCUGACACAACCAAGACAAGGAAAGUUUUUGAUCAGGCUAAAGCUGCUACCCAAAGAGAGUCCAGAUAAAACAUUGAUCACGCAUUUUUGAUCAGACUAAACCUA